AUGAACAACACCCGUCCAACAAGUUCCAACGUCAGCUCGGCCUCUCGCACAGAAAACAUGACUGAUCCCAGCCUGACAGCCACCACACUUUCUGCCACCAUCCUGCCGCCUCCAUCCUACUCUUCGGGCGUCCACAGCCCGGAGUUGACCAUCGUGGUGGUGCUGGGGCUGUCGCUGCUGCUGGCAGGGCUAGCAGCCUUCCUGGCAGUGUGCCGGCGCUCCGAGCGGGACGGGGAUUUUGAGGCCAGCUGUGGUCCGGGGGGGAGCCUGAGCCGUGGAAGAAACUUGUCCAGCGAGCCCCAGCUGAAGGUGUGGAAGAGGCUGGGCUCCUACCGGCGCUCGUACAAUCUCUCCUUCAGACGGCCACCUCACCGCAGGCCACAGCAGAGCGACGGAACACACUCAUCCCCGUCUCCUUCUUCACAGACUCCACAGCCAGAGGCGAGUGUGGAACCACAUCCCACUACGCCCUGCCUGUACGACUAUGUUACUGAAGUCUGA